UUCAAAGAAUGAGGUUAGAAAAUUUUUAACUGAUUUUUACUUCUGUAAUAAAAAAUUGAAUUUAGAUAAUUUUUAAAUAUUAAGUGUGACAGUGGUGAACUAGCUGGAAUCAUGUUCAUAAAAGUUUUCAUUUCAUUGUGAUGCAAUUCUUGGAUAUGUAUUAAAAUGUUAUCGAGGAAAGUGAAAAAAUUAAAAUUCGAAAAAUGUCAUAAAAAUAGAAAAUAAUGCAUUAUUUGCAAUCGGAAUUUCCAUGUGGAGCUUUUUGUCAAGGAUGUCGAGUAUGUUGUGAUGUUUUUUGUAAAAGAAUUUCACCGAUAGAUUCAAAAUUAAGCAAUCAUAGAAAUUCACCGGCAAAACGUUUGAUUCAUGCUCUCGAGGAUAUAAAAAAACGAACGGAAUUCCUGCAAAAAAAACUUUCAUCUUUUGAAAAAAUCAGUAUUGGCACACAAGUUGAUAAACUUUUGUCAUCUCCGUUAAAAACUUCGAACAGUAACCUAGCAAAUACAACAUUAGUAAAUUCUGAAAGUACAAUUCAACGUACUUUUGACGAUAAAUCAAUAUCGACGGAAGAUGAAAAAUCAUUAAGCGAUUCAAGUGAUACGAAAGAAAUGAUGAAUUUAUGUUUGUCAAUGAUGAAGGAAAUUCGAGAAGUUCGAGAUAGUUUAAAGUAUUCUUGCAAUAAAAUUUGCGAACAUUGUCAUUCACGUAAUUCGCAACAGUUUUUUCCACCGAUGACAAAUUGUUCGAAAUGUAAAAAAAGAUUAUUGUUUAUGUAUAAAAAGAGGAGGAGACUUUAAAAGUUGGAUUUUCCCUUCUAUAAUGGUUCGUCAUGUUUGAUCAAUCAGUGUGUUGUUAUAGCAACGAAGAAAUGUUUAUUAUUUAAGAAGAUAACUUCACUUUGCUGCCGGCGUAUUAAUUUCACAAAAAUUACAUUUUCGAAGAAAAAAGGCAUUUUAGAGAAAAAAAUAAGAAUGGUACGAUUUCAUGUGAAAAAGGGUGACGAAAGUCAAUUCUUAUACGAUACAACAACUGAAGCCAAUGUUGAUGAUGUAAUUGAAGAGAUAACAAUUAUUUACAAUGGUCGUUUAAAAGUUUCAAGAAUUUGUUAUGAAAUUGAAGAAUUGGCAAAAUACGGAACAAUGUUACCUCCAAAUAUUAUGGGAUUAACCGAUGAGCAAGUUGAAGAAUUAAAACUCAAAGACGAAUGGGGAGAAAAAUGCACGCCCUCAGGAGGAUUUGAAUUUAAAAAAGAUCCUAUUGGUCGAAGAAAUGGAAAACAACCUAAUAAGGCAAUGGUUGAGAUUCUGAAUAAAUCAGUGGAAGAUGCUCGAGAACUAAUUUCCAAGAAAUUGGUACUGGAAGAAAAAUUAGUGACUCAAAAGAUUGUUCAGGAUUCAUUGGAUUUAUUGAGAGGAGCUGUGACAAUUGUUUAUCCUAUGGGACUUCCACCACAUGACGUAAUUCGUGAAGAAUUUGAAAACAAUGAAAAUUUAAGCGGCACUCAAGCAUCUUUAGAGGUAAUUGACGUACAGUUGGCGCAAUUAUGGUUUUCCGGAAAGGAAAUGAUGCGAGGAAUGAAAAUCAAGGAUUUCGUUGGUAAAAAUGAAAAAACGAAAGUUAUUGUCAAACUACAGAAACGAGGUUCCGGUAGACCGGCACGUGAACCUUUAAUGUCUGAAGAUGAAAAGAAGCAAUUGAUGCUGCACGCCUACAGACGUCAGGAGGAAUUAAAGGAAAGAAAACGAGAGAGUGAAAGAGGGGCUAAUUUUGAAUGACCUCUAAUUGCCACGAAAGACCCUAAUUUUUUUUUGGAUGGAGCGAGACACGAAUUGGAGAAUUGUAAUAAUUUCUCUUUGGAAAUAAUUUCGGUUUUUGGAAAUGAAAGACCCUAAUUUUUUUUUUUGAUGGAGCGAGACACGAAUUAGAGAAUUGUAAUAAUUUCUCUUUGGAAAUAAUUUCGGUUUUUGGAUUAAAAUCUCAGUCUGCAAUAAAAAUUAACUACCUGGAAGAGUAGUCAGAUAGAGAUAAACACAAUAAUAGGACCCGUGUUAUUGAGGGUCAGAUUUCGAGACUGGAAAUUUUGUUUACCUUCUGAAAUACAGAUACGCCUUAAAGUUGCAACUGAGUAUCAAACAGUUGCCUAUUGGAAUUAGUUCGCGAUUUUGAAAAUUAUAAUCCUUUAUAAUAGUAAAAUAUUUAAAUUUUUUGUGAUUUUUAAUAUUUUUUCGGGAGUGCUCGAGUUUCCUAAAACCGCGAUCGUUUUUUUUUUAUUCAAUUUUUAAUUCUCAAAAUUUUUUUUCCGAGAGUGUUCGAAUUUUUUUAAAACCGCGAUCGAUUUUUAAUACAGUAUUUCAAUUUGUAAUUCUUAAAAUUUUUUCCGGGAUUGUUCGAAUUUUUUUAAAACCGCGAUUAAUUAUUCAGUAAAGUAUUUAAAUAUUAAGUUGAAUUUUUAUUUUUCGGGAGUGUUCGAAUUUCUUUAAACCGCGAUCGUUUAUUAAUUAUUCAGUAAAGUAUUUAAAUUUUGAGUUGAAAUAUUUUUUUCGAAAAUGAUCGAAUUUCUUUAAAUCGCGAUUUUUUAUUUAUUCAAUAAAGUGUAUUUCAAUUUACGGUUCUAAACUUUUUUCGGGAGUGUUCGAAUUUAGUAUUUUUGUAAAAUGUAUUUUUUUCGAAUAGGAAGUGAUUUCGGGAGUGUUUGGAAAUCUCGAGUGAUUUUUAUGGCAGCUCCAGAAUGGAGAUCAGGCACAGACGGAUGCUGAACAAUGUAAUUUUUUAUUCUAUAAUAAAUAAUUUUUCUAUUCUUAAGAUUUAUUAAAAUCUAAAUUUGAUUUAAACAAAUAUUUUAAUUUUUUUAAAAUUUUCAGAUUCGAAAAGGAAAAAAAAGGAGAAGAAUCUUCGAAAAGGAGUUCAGAAAAUGCUGCCAUCAACGUGGGAAUUCGCGAUUGGCAAGUCCCUAUUCUAAAAUAGGUUCAUUAUUUAAUUUCGAAAAAUUUAUGAAUCGCAAUACGAGUAAUAGGAAAAAAUUUAGUUUUCAUUAAUUAAUCAAAGAUUUAAAAAAAUUUCUUAUUGUGGAUCAAUAAGAAUUCGAUCAAAUUUCCCU